AGUAGGAUAGAUAUUGAACUAAACGAGAAACCAAAAAUGAUCCAAUGCUUCUCUUUCUUCUUCCUUUUGCCCAACAACAAUAAUAUUUGAACUUUCUUCUUCCUUCUCUCUGUGGUGAUACAAACGCAACCCCAAAUUGCAAAAUCUCUAUUUUAUAUGAAACCCACUUGUGGUGUUGCUGUUGACUUCAUUUACGUUCAAUCUUGGCGUGAGGAGCAAUUGCUCCGUGCAGAGGAAUCAGAUUCCCUUUACAUUCUUAUAUACAGCCCAUUCAAAAGAUGGGUGCGUCGUAUAAUCCGGCUACCAUCUUCAUCCGCUUGGAGCUCGAUUUUGGACCACCCAUUGUUUUGAUUUUGAGGCGUUGUUUUUAUGGUAGGCAAAGAACAGCCCCAUGGGAGAAGGAGAUUGCGACUUUGGAGAGAAUAAACUGGUGGAGGAAGGAUCAGAAGUUGCUGGUGAUGAAGCGGUAGUCGAUGAAAACUAAGUGUUUGAUGAUAUGCCUGUUGGAGUUCGACAAUUUUAUUUUGUCAAAGUUAAGGCACUUGAAAACUCAAACACAGAUGCUAUAAUCAAGCCUGAAGAAACGAUUUCAAAGAUGAACCAAGACCAAAGUUUAAUAGCCCAGAAGAUAAGGGACAGAAAGAUGGACCGUGAUCGAGUGAUUGCCAAGUUGAAUGACCAACAGUACUAUGAAUUUCGGGAUGAUUUCACCCUACAUUGCAACACAGACAGAAUGAAUAUGCUCCAUUUUUCAUUAGAGAAAAUGACUUAUGUAAAUAAGGCACGUAAAGGGAAACCAAAUAUUUCGUGCUUGUCAGGAGGGAAAGUCGAUAAGCAAGAAUUAUCUUUCUUGAUGCGACAUGGGUGUAAAAACAUGGCUGAUGAGAGAAAGGUAUUAAGGGAGGUUAAAGCAAGACAAGAGAACGAUGGUGGCUCGACAGUAGAUGAAGUAGAUUCUUCUCUUGAAUCAUUGUUUGGGACCUUUGGGUGUCCGUGGUAUAAACCAAUGGGUUUUCAAAUCAUUCAUGCAAUUAAGAAGUUCCAAGGUAUUGAUGAUGAUCCAGUUGAGGGAGAGUUGUGGUCCUCCUCGCGUAUAAAAAAUGUCAUUCAAGAAGACUUGCAAGAACUCUACGACUCUUCAGAUUAUAUAAGGAGAAGACAGGCAAGAUUUCGGUCCAAAGCUAAGAAGACAGCGAAAGAACUAGAGAAGGUAGAAAAGGAUAUAAGCGCUCUACAGAAACGCUUAAUAUAUACCAAUCGCAGAAAGGCUGAGGCAUACGAUACCAUUCUUAAAUUGAAGAAACAAUAUGGAGAAGAGAAUGCUUCCCACUACCAAUAUCGUUCCCUGAUGAAGAAAGUUGAAGUACUAGCUAAAAAGAAAGACGUUGCAGCACUUGAAGAAUUAUCUCAAGGCCAGGUUGACAAGUUUAUGCAACAGUGGAACAAUUGCCUGGAGUUCAGAAACGAUUAUAGACAGAGAGUCGUCCCGUCUCUAUAUAGUCGAGACCUUUGCCUUGAUGGGAGGAUGAUUACUAACCAAAAGUCAUCAUUAGUUGAGGAUACUCGAAAAGUUAUCAUACCGGAAGCGCUCUCAAAAACUAGAUUGAAAUGGUUGAUGAAAGAUGCUGAAGAUCCCUUUGAACUUCUUUUCUAACAUAGCUAAAAUGCCAUAUAAUAAAUGUUUGUUCUCCUUGUAUAUUCUUUGAACUUGUCUUGGAACCUAACGCGAUAAUCAUAGAUUCUAAGUUCGAAUGUAAGAGUUAUUUACCCUUUUAACUAAACUCUUGGUUAGAAUCAAUCAUUAAGUAAAUCUUAGUUGUGAGUUAUUUACCGUCUAGCUUCGCAAAAAUCUACCUUGUAAACAAAUUUCAUUCAAAUAGUUUAUCAUCUUCGUAGAUUCAUGAAA